UCCCAGCGUCAAGAAGCUGUUUGCAACGAUGCUGAAGAUAUUUCCAGUUCUAGCCAUCCUUACAGGCCACGUCUGCGGUGUUGUGGUGACCGUCCCUGAGAAGACGGUGAAUGUCACUACAGGUGGAAAUGCAACCCUUCUCUGUACAUACACCAGUUCUGCACCGCUGGCAAAUUUCUUUAUUCAGUGGAGCUUUUACAGUGCCAAAGAGAGCCAACUGCAUACCAUCUAUUACUAUUCAGGAGGCCAGUCUUACUCUUAUGGAGAGUUUAAGAAUAGGAUAACAGCUGCAACAGGUCCAGGGAAUGCGUCAAUAACAAUCUUCAACAUGCAGCCCUCGGACACUGGUUCCUACACGUGUGAAGUUUUCAGCCCACAGGGUGACGCUGGACAGAGUCAAAAAUCUGUGAUUGUCAGUGUGCUGG